AUGGCGAGACUGCAUCAACAACAAAGAAAUUCAAACAAGAAGCUGUCAAAAAAGACCCUGCACAGUGAGUGUUCCACAGAGUCAAAGAAAAGAGUGUGCACUCUCAGUUAUUACAAGGAUAUGCAGUUGAUUGUGUUGUGUGAUCGUCUGGGUGAAAGAGUAGCUGUGAGGAACCUUCUUUUCCGAGACAACAUUGCUUUAAAGUGUUUCCAGUGCAAGGGCUUAGAAAAGUACUGCCCUCAAGACAAACUCAAGCGCAACCGAACACAAGACGCUUGCAAUCAAUACGCGGAAAGAUGCAUCAUAAAAACGUUUAUGCUUGAUAUUGGGGAAAAUGAGCGAAACUUAUGUUGGUGUUUUUCCCUUUUAGUCCCACGUCUUCGUCUUUCAGUUGGUCCACAGACCCUUAGUCAACUCCGUUUACAGUGCUUGUUACGUAAACGACUUCUUCCAACAGAACAUUGUAUCACAAAAAUUAAAACAACUUUCCCGUUCAGUUCGUGUACUGCUGGCGGCACAGAUGAAAGUGUGGAACAAACAGCUAUCAAAGUAUCACUUAAAUGUCCGAUCACAUCCAGAAGAAUAACAUUACCAGGCAGAGGCCAUGAUUGUAAACAUAUUCAAUGCUUCGACUUAGAAUCUUACUUAAAACUCAACUCCAAAAGAGAAAGUUGGAAAAGUCCAGUGUGUAGCAAAAUUGCACUUCUUGAAGGACUUGAGGUGGAACGUUACAUGUGGGACAUCCUUACAGUCUCCAGCACUGAUGUGGAAGAAGUAACAAUUGAUCGAAACAGUCAGUGGAAGCCUAUUCCAGUUAAACGAGAAGUAAAAGAUGACGAUUUUCAGAGGUCCACAGUCAGCCAAGAAGGCUCGAUCGUCUCCCCCUGACUCAUUACCGCUGUCUGGUGUCAGGCGCCCACACCACAGAUUUCCAGCAGUAAUGGACACUACUCUCCAUAUCAAACGCAACCACCGUCUAACCCUGGCAUAGGUGCACCCACUCCUCCUGGAAACUAAAGCUAAUUUUGUUUAGCCAUGUACCACGGAAUGACCCAUCAAUCGAAAUUUGAACUACUGACGAUUCCCUCUCAAGAACUUACUUAUUUGAGACUGCACUGUAUAUUCUAAUCAUAUUAUGCACACUAUAACCACGAGUUCACCAUUAUGUUGAUAUGAUUUGAUCAAUAGACCGUUCAUAUGCCACAGUCACAGCUAUGAGACUGAAUCAUUGUUCUCCUCUGAACCUCCCAAACCUCAAAUUUGGUGUUGAGC